AUGAGCGGCGACAGCGACUACCCGGCGAUGAGGCGCGUCCGAUCGCCGAGGCGCCACCGCCGUCGGUGGCGGAGCGAUCUCAGCGAAGACGAGGAAGAACCACAUCGUCGCCGUAGCAGCAGCAGUAGCAGCGAUAGUAGCAGCGGACGUAGCAGCAGCAGUAGCGAUAGUAGCAGCAGCAGCAACAGCCGCCGGCGUUCGCGAAGAAGCUACCGGAGCAGAAGCAGGAGCCCGAGUCCGAGACGCAGCCGUAGCAGAAGCCGAAGCAGGAGCCGGAGCCGGAGCCAUGGUGCCGCAGCUGACAACGAGUUCACCGUGCGGAUCGACAACUACGACGAGCUCUUCAACUGCGCCUUGUGCCACGGCCUUCUCUCCUCUCCCGUCUACGAGUGCGGCAACGGGCACCUGACCUGCCACCGUUGUUACGAUCUGGGCCUCAUGCCGUGCAUCCGCUGCGGCUCCAAGGACUACACCCGCAGCCGCGCCGUCGCCACGAUGGUCCGGUCCGUCCGCUUCGCGUGCCGCAACCGCGAGCACGGCUGCGCUGCGUCCCUGCCGCGGCUCGGCGUGGAGGACCACGAGCGCUCCUGCCGGUACGACCCCUGCUUCUGCCCCGUCUGCAAACGCGCCUUCGUCCCCGGCGCCGACCCCGACGCGCUCCAGGAGCACCUCACCGGACGCCACGCGUGGCACCUCCACUACCUCACCUACGGCGAGGAGGUCUUGGUGGACGUGGACCCGCACCGUCACGCCCUCCUCCGCGCUGACGACGGCGAGCUGUUCCACCUGGACCUCAACCGCGUGCGGAGAACGCACGCUGACGAGGACGGCACGUCGAUCUCGGUGAUCCGCAUGCGGCCCGACAACGCGGUGGGGGCAGAGGCGGAGUUCUCGUACGAGGUGAAGCCACCGGGCGCGGUGCGGCGGAUGAAGGCGCCCGUGUGGAGCUCCUCGCUGCGCCGAGGGAUGGAGGAUGGGAAUAGGAUCUUUGUCACCGUGCCGGAGGCCGGGCGGCACUGGCACCUCGUCAACGUGUGCAUCUGGAGGCUGCCCGCACGGAGCUAA